GCCGUUUCCAGGUUCUGAAUCAUGUCUGAUAACGGAGAACUGGAAGAUAAGCCUCCAGCGCCCCCUGUGCGGAUGAGCAGUACCAUUUUUAGUACUGGAGGCAAAGACCCUUUGUCAGCCAAUCACAGUUUGAAACCUUUGCCCUCUGUUCCAGAGGAAAAAAAGCCCAGGAAUAAAAUCAUCUCUAUAUUUUCCAGCACAGAAAAAGGAAGUAGGAAGAAAGAAAAGGAAAGGCCAGAAAUUUCUCCACCAUCUGACUUUGAACAUACCAUCCAUGUUGGCUUUGACGCUGUCACUGGAGAAUUCACUGGUAUGCCAGAACAGUGGGCUCGGUUACUACAGACCUCCAAUAUCACCAAACUAGAGCAAAAGAAGAACCCUCAGGCUGUACUGGAUGUCUUAAAGUUCUAUGACUCUAACACCGUGAAACAGAAAUACCUGAGCUUCACUCCUCCUGAGAAAGAUGGCUUUCCCUCCGGAACACCAGCACUGAAUACAAAGAGUUCCGAAACAUCCACGGCAGUAAACGAGGAAGAAGAUGAUGAUGAAGAGACUGCCCCUCCUGUCAUUGCUCCACGGCCGGACCAUACAAAAUCAAUUUACACACGCUCUGUAAUUGACCCUAUUCCUGCACCAGUUGGUGAUUCUAAUGUUGAUGGCGGUGCCAAGUCCUCAGACAAACAGAAAAAGAAGGCCAAGAUGACAGAUGAAGAAAUUAUGGAAAAAUUAAGAACUAUCGUCAGCAUAGGUGACCCCAAGAAAAAAUAUACACGAUAUGAAAAAAUUGGACAAGGGGCUUCUGGUACAGUUUUCACUGCUACUGACGUGGCAUUGGGACAGGAGGUUGCUAUUAAACAGAUAAACUUACAGAAACAGCCCAAGAAGGAAUUGAUCAUUAAUGAGAUUCUAGUAAUGAAAGAAUUAAAGAACCCCAACAUAGUUAACUUCUUAGACAGUUACCUGGUGGGAGAUGAAUUAUUUGUGGUAAUGGAGUACCUGGCUGGCGGGUCACUUACUGACGUCGUAACAGAAACCUGCAUGGAUGAAGCCCAGAUUGCUGCUGUGUGCAGAGAGUGUUUACAGGCACUAGAGUUUUUACAUGCCAAUCAAGUGAUCCACAGAGACAUCAAAAGUGACAAUGUGCUUUUGGGGAUGGAAGGAUCAGUUAAACUUACUGACUUUGGUUUCUGUGCCCAGAUCACCCCUGAGCAGAGCAAACGAAGUACCAUGGUUGGAACACCCUACUGGAUGGCACCAGAGGUGGUCACGCGAAAAGCUUAUGGCCCAAAAGUGGACAUUUGGUCUCUAGGCAUUAUGGCUAUUGAGAUGGUUGAAGGAGAACCUCCGUACCUCAAUGAAAACCCCUUGCGGGCCUUGUACCUGAUAGCAACUAAUGGAACCCCAGAACUUCAGAAUCCAGAAAAACUUUCCCCAAUAUUUCGGGAUUUCUUAAAUCGAUGUUUGGAAAUGGAUGUGGAGAAAAGGGGUUCAGCCAAAGACUUGUUACAGCAUCCCUUCUUGAAACUUGCCAAGCCCUUGUCUAGCUUGACACCACUGAUUAUGGCAGCUAAAGAAGCAAUGAAGAGCAACCGUUAACAUCACUGCUGUGGCCUUGUAAUCUUUUUCCCAUUUUCUAAAAGAAGUCUUUUAAUAUAUGGAAAAUAUUACGCUUUUAAUGGGGGUUUGAAAGAAAUGGUCUGUACAACAUAGAAGAAAGCAAACUACUCCCUGAGAAGAAGCCCAAGAGAAGAUUGGAAGGGGGAAAAAAAAAUUAUGACUGAAAAGAACCCCUUCUUUAGGGUCCAAAAGGAAUUGUGGACUGAAUCACUAGCCUUAUAUCUUUUGGCACACAGCCAGCCCUUCAGGGCCAUUUAUCAUGCUUGAGAUUUGUAUUUUUAUUUUGCUGACUUUGUUGUACUAGCCCCACCCAUUGUCCCCUUU